AUGCUGAGCGGAGCGGCUGGGGCUGCGCGGCGUGGCGGAGCGCUCACUCGCUUGCUCGCAGGGACACACGCAGGGGCUGACAGCUGUGCUGGUGCUGAUAAGGGAAGCCACAAGGAGACGAUCGAGGAGAGAGACAAGCGGCGGCAGAGGCAGCAGCGGCAGAGGCAGCACCAGGGCUGCGGAGCUGCUGGGAGUGGGAGUGACUCCCCCACCUCGGGCCCCCACCCUGUCCCCAUCCUCCCCCAGCUUGCCCUGAGUUUAGAAGAGCAGCCGCUGCCACCGCCGACACUCCGGAGGGCACCGGGGGCUGCUGGCCAGGGAGGGAGGGGCAGGGAGGCUCUGGCCAGUCCCAGCAGCCGGGGACAGAUGCCGAUCGAGAUUGUGUGCAAAAUCAAAUUUGCAGAGGAGGAUGCGAAACCCAAGGAGAAGGAGGCAGGGGAUGAACAGAGCCUUUUGGGGGCCGCGCGGGGGGCCGCAGCGCCCCGGGACCUGGCCACAUUUGCCAGCACGAGCACCCUGCACGGGCUGGGCCGGGCCUGUGGCCCAGGCCCCCAUGGACUUCGUAGAACCCUGUGGGCACUGGCUCUCUUCACCUCGCUGACUGCCUUCCUGUACCAGGCGGCAGGCCUGGCCCGGGGCUACCUGACCUGGCCUCACCUGGUGGCAAUGGACCCAGCUGCCCCAGCCCCGGUGGCGGGCUUCCCGGCCGUCACCCUCUGCAACAUCAACCGCUUCCGGCAUUCGGCACUCAGCGACGCUGACAUCUUCCACCUGGCCAACCUGACAGGGCUGCCCCCCAAAGACCGGGACGGGCACCGUGCCGCUGGCCUGCGCUACCCGGAGCCUGACAUGGUAGACAUCCUCAACCGCACUGGCCACCAGCUUGCCGACAUGCUCAAGAGCUGCAACUUCAGUGGGCAUCACUGCUCCGCCAGCAACUUCUCGGUGGUCUAUACGCGCUAUGGGAAGUGUUAUACUUUCAAUGCAGACCCUCAGAGCUCCCUUCCCAGCCGGGCGGGGGGCAUGGGCAGUGGCCUGGAGAUCAUGCUGGACAUCCAGCAGGAGGAGUACCUGCCCAUCUGGAGAGAGACAAACGAGACGUCGUUUGAGGCUGGUAUCCGAGUGCAGAUCCACAGCCAGGAGGAGCCACCCUACAUCCACCAGCUGGGCUUUGGCGUGUCCCCAGGCUUCCAGACCUUCGUGUCCUGCCAGGAACAGCGGCUGACCUAUCUGCCCCAGCCCUGGGGCAACUGCCGAGCGGAGAGUGGGCUCAGGGAGCCUGAGCUUCAGGGCUACUCGGCCUACAGUGUGUCUGCCUGCCGGCUGCGCUGCGAAAAGGAGGCCGUGCUUCAGCGCUGCCACUGCCGAAUGGUGCAUAUGCCAGACUCCCUGGGUGGGGGCUCCGAGGGCCCGUGUUUCUGUCCUACUCCCUGCAACCUGACCCGCUAUGGGAAAGAAAUCUCCAUGGUCAGGAUCCCCAACAGGGGCUCAGCCCGGUACCUGGCGAGGAAGUACAACCGCAAUGAGACCUAUAUACGGGAGAACUUCCUGGUCCUAGAUGUCUUUUUUGAAGCCUUGACCUCCGAGGCCAUGGAACAGCGAGCAGCCUACGGCUUGUCAGCCCUGUUGGGAGACCUCGGGGGACAGAUGGGCCUAUUCAUCGGGGCCAGCAUCCUCACACUGCUGGAGAUCCUCGACUACAUCUAUGAGGUAUCCUGGGACCGACUGAAGCGGGUGUGGCGUCGUCCCAAGACUCCUCUGCGGACCUCCACUGGGGGCAUCUCCACCUUGGGGCUGCAGGAGCUGAAGGAGCAGAGUCCCUGUCCAAGCCGGGGCCGGGCUGAAGGUGGGGGAGCCAGCAACCUGCUCCCCAACCACCACCACCCACAUGGUCCCCCAGGAGGCCUCUUUGAAGACUUCGCUUGCUAGGAUGAUGCUGUGUCUGAAAGGACCCAGGAGUCUGGGACUCCUCCCUGGAUCCCCAAAUAGUCUCCUGCUCCUGGGACAGAAGGCCUGGGGGCAGCCCAAGGUGGAGGGGUAGAGGGCAGUGUUCACCCGGAGGACACUCA